ACUAUUCUUGUGUGGAUAUCUGGUCUUCACGUUUGGUGAAAGACGUCCACCAAACACACUGAGAACAGAGGAUCCCCUGGUCAAGCAUUACGUUGCAUGGUUUGGUUUGACAUUUAGAAUGUUUAGAAUGUUUAGAAUGCAGAGGAAGACAGACAACAUGCUUUACAUUUAGAAUGUUUAGAAUGCAGAGGAAGACAGACAACGUGCUUUACAUUUAGAAUGUUUAGAAUGUUUAGAAUGCAGAGGAAGACAGACAACAUGCUUUACAUUUAGAAUGUUUAGAAUGCAGAGGAAGACAGACAACGUGCUUUACAUUUAGAAUGUUUAGAAUGUUUAGAAUGCAGAGGAAGACAGACAACAUGCUUUACAUUUAGAAUGUUUAGAAUGUUUAGAAUGCAGAGGAAGACAGACAACAUGCUUUACAUUUAGAAUGUUUAGAAUGUUUAGAAUGCAGAGGAAGACAGACAACAUGCUUUACAUUUAGAAUGUUUAGAAUGUUUAGAAUGCAGAGGAAGACAGACAACGUGCUUUACAUUUAGAAUGUUUAGAAUGUUUAGAAUGCAGAGGAAGACAGACAACAUGCUUUACAUUUAGAAUGUUUAGAAUGUUUAGAAUGCAGAGGAAGACAGACAACAUGCUUUACAUUUAGAAUGUUUAGAAUGCAGAGGAAGACAGACAACGUGCUUUACAUUUAGAAUGUUUCGAAUGCAGAGGAAGUGUGUGUGUAUGUGUGUGUGUGUGUAGAGGUUUGUUUGUGCAUGGGUUUGCGUGUGUGUGUGGGUUUGCGUGUGUUUUGUCAGUUACUGGAACAACUGGGCUGGACUUCCGAAACACACACACAGGCACUGGUCUUGGUCCACAUUGACAGAUGAGGGUAAUGAUUGAUGAAUGAUCAAUGUCCCAGAGAGAGACAGAGAGAGAAACACAUUGUGUAUUGAGGCAGGCUAGUUGGUUAGUCCAUCAGGAGUCACCAUGGGGAAGAAGACAGCGUUGACAAUACUGCUACUAGGAGUUCUACACAUCACACACCCUGCUACGGGGAUCAAUCCUGAGGUGCAGGUUUCAUCAAAGAUCAAUAAAUUGACCACCCCUGCCCCUGCCCCCACCACCAUCACCCCUGCCCCCACCACCAUCACCCCUGCCAUACCCCGUACUGACCAGUACCUUGGACCAGAAGAAUGUCUGGAUCAGAAGUACACACGUCUGUCCUGCCAUCGGGUCUUCUGUCCCCCAUGGAUGCGAUGUAUGGAGGGAAGGUGUGUGUGUAAGCUGCCCUACCUGUGUCCGAAGGAUGGCAUGGCUCAGGUGUGUGGGCACGAUGGAAGGACCUAUCUGUCUUACUGCCAGGCUAUGGCUGUCUCCUGUCGGACUAAACAACCUAUCAUGUCACACUUUGGAGGAGAGGGCUGCUCUAAAGACAGUAUCAAGGCCCAGACCAGUAUAGAUGAAGAGACCGGUGUGGUCAGUAUUGUGUUACCCAUUCAAGGGAAGCUGCUAGUGUGUGGAGUCGGAGGAAGAGGAGGAUCCAACUGGAACAUGGCUGCGGCUAACGUAGCCUGUUAUGAGAAGAGUCUGUGGGGAGCGAAGGAGACCAGCUCGGUGCUGUAUAAAACCAUAAAGUCCCCCGAUGCAGACCACUGUGUCAGCGUUCUUUGUCAAGGAUACGAGAACAGCCUCACCGAGUGUUCCUUCUCCGACAGAACUCCUCUCGGCCGCGACGACAAGGUCGCCACGGCAACAUGUUACUACAAACCCAAAGAGGGGUCGGCAUGUGAGUUCAGGUGCGUCAACGACAAGUGUGUGUCGUUGGAACAGACGUGUGACGGAGUGGACCACUGCGGAGACAGGAGUGAUGAGAUGUGCUGCACAGCCUGCAGAGGGGACUCUGCGUUCUGGUGUAAGUCAGGAGUGUGCUUGUCCAAAGAGGCUGUAGAGGACGGUAUAAUGGACUGUCUGGGAGGAGAGGACGAGAUAAACAAACACAUCACUAAACCUGUAGUUGGCCGCAGUGGAUCAAGCAAGACUCAUGAUACCAGAGUUCGAGAGUUCAUUUCUCCUAAACAAGAGGUAAAAGCAGCCAGGGAUCUUCUAGAAGUGAAUGUACACUGUGGAAUCCCCAACAAUACAGUCUUAGAAGAAUCGGACAGAGGAGAAAAUAGAAAGAGGCAGAAACGAGUGGUGGGAGGAGUGCCGGCCCAACCGACUCAGAUCCAAUGGCAGGUGGCGAUACAGGAGGGGAAUAAGAUCGACUGUGGUGGGGCAUAUAUCGGGGGAUGCUGGGUCCUGACCGCCGCUCACUGUGUCAGGCCCAAACCAGAGGUGUACUGGAUCAAGUUCAGUCUCUGGAAGAAGAGAUCAAUUCAGGGAACAACAGACAUAGUUCCUGUCAAGAACAUCAUCAUACACCACAAGUACAAUGCUAACACGUAUGAGAAUGAUAUAGCCCUGAUAGAGAUGGAGAAGCUUCCAUUCAAGACCCAAUGUUUCGAAGAGAACCCAGCAGUCAGUGCUGUGUGUGUUCCCUGGUCCGUACAACUGUUCAACCCUAACCAUAUCUGCAGCAUAUCAGGCUGGGGGAGGAAGAAAGAUGGUUCGUCAUCUGAUGUGCUGCUCUGGGCCAACGUCUCUCUGAUCGCCAACUGUCAAGAAUUCUACGGUCCGCGUUACUACGAUGGAAUGAUGUGCGCAGGUGAUCUGGAGGGCCACGUGGACUCGUGUCAGGGUGAUUCUGGAGGUCCUCUGGUGUGCCAGGACUCUCUAGGUGUUUCCUACCUCUGGGGUAUAGUCUCCUGGGGGGAGAAGUGUGGGGAGGCCAAGUUCCCUGGAGUGUACACUAAAGUGGCACACUACUUCGACUGGAUCCGCACUCACACUGGCUGGGCUGCUGUCACUAAAUACAACCUGUAAUAUCACCCCACCUGGUGUCCCAGGUCUACAUUAGGCCCUGAUCAUUACUAUCACCCCACCUGGUCUCCCAGGUCUAAAUCAGGCCCUGAUCAUUAAUAUCACCCCACCUGGUGUCCCAGGUCUAAAUCAGGCCCUGAUCUGGGCUGCUGUCACUAAAUGCAACCUGUAAUACCACCCCACCUGGUCUAAAUCAGGCCCUGAUCUGGGCUGCUGUCACUAAAUACAACCUGUAAUUUCACCCCACCUGGUGUCCCAGGUCUAAAUCAGGCCCUGAUCUGGGCUGCUGUCACUAAAUACAACCUGUAAUAUCACCCCACCUGGUGUCCCAGGUCUAAAUCAGGCCCUGAUCUGGGCUGCUGUCACUAAAUACAACCUGUGAUACCAUCCCACUUUGUGUCCCAGGUCUAAAUCAGGCCCUGAUCUGGGCUGCUGUCACUAAAUACAACCUGUGAUACCAUCCCACCUGGUGUCCCAGGUCUAAAUCAGGCCCUGAUCUGGGCUGCUGUCACUAAAUACAACCUGUGAUGUUGAUAUAGACCAGGGGGUAUUUUCAAAUGUUACCGUUCGAUCUCUGGACUACUGCUACUUUUCUGUUGUACCUGAUCAUUAAUAUCACCCCACCUGGUGUCCCAUAUCUAAAUCAGGCCCUGAUCAUUAAUACCAUCCCACCUGGUGUCCCAGAUCUAAAUCAGGCCCUGAUCAUUAAUAUCACCCCACCUGGUGUCCUGGGUCUGAAUCAGGCCCUGAUCAUUAAUAUCAUCCCACCUUGUGUCCCAGGUCUAAAUCAGGCCCUGAUUAGAGGAGAAUCACCCACCUAGUGUCCCAGGUCUAAAUCAGGCCCUGAUCAUUAAUACCAUCCCACCUGGUGUCUCAUAUCUAAAUCAGGCCCUGAUCAUUAAUAUCAUCCCACCUUGUGUCCCAGGUCUAAAUCAGGCCCUGAUUAGAGGAGAAUCACCCACCUAGUGUCCCAGGUCUAAAUCAGGCCCUGAUCAUUAAUAUCACCCCACCUGGUGUCCCAGGUCUAAAUCAGGCCCUGAUCAUUAAUAUCACCCCAUCUGGUGUCCCAGGUCUAAAUGAGGCCCUGAUCAUUAAUAUCACCACACCUGGUGUCCCAGGUCUAAAUCAGGACCUGAUCAUUAAUACCAUCCCACCUGGUGUCCCAGGUCUAAAUCAGGCCCUGAUCAUUAAUAUCAUCCCACCUGGUGUCCCAGGUCUAAAUCAGGCCCUGAUCAUUAAUAUCAUCCCACCUGGUGUCCCAGGUCUAAAUCAGGCCCUGAUCAUUAAUAUCAUCCCACCUGGUGUCCCAGGUCUAAAUCAGUCCCUGAUCAUUAAUACCACCCCACCUGGUGUCCCAGGUCUAAAUCAGUCCCUGAUCGUUAAUACCACCCCACCUGGUGUCCCAGGUCGAAAUCAGGCCCUGAUCAUUAAUAUCACCCCACCUGGUGUCCCAGGUCUAAAUCAGGCCCUGAUCAUUAAUAUCACCCCACCUCGUGUCCCAGGUCUAAAUCAGGCCCUGAACAUUAAUAUCAUCCCACCUGGUGUCCCAGGUCUAAAUCAGGCCCUGAUCAUUAAUAACACCCCACCUGGUGUCCCAGGUCUAAAUCAGGCCCUGAUUAGAGGAGAAUCACCCACCUGGUGUCCCAGGUCUAAAUCAGGCCCUGAUUAGAGGAGAAUCACCCACCUGGUGUCCCAGGUCUAAAUCAGGUCCUGAUUAGAGGGGAAUCACCCACCUGGUGUCCCAGGUCUAAAUCAGGCCCUGAUUAGAGGGGAAUCACCCACCUGGUGUCCCAGGUCUAAAUCAGGUCCUGAUUAGAGGGGAAUCACCCACCUGGUGUCCCAGGUCUAAAUCAGGCCCUGAUUAGAUGGGAACAAUGGGGAAAAAAGCAGUUGAACUGGCUUCGAGGUCCAGAUCUGAAUUUGAGCAAUAUAGCCUAUUCAUACAUAAUAAAUCGUUAUUACCAUGUUAUACGUUGUUUAUGCUGGAUGAUGUCAAUAAAGAACUUGAGAACCCA